AUGGCGUCUUCACAGUCUUCGUCGGCCUCCAGUGCCCAUGCAGGACUCGGCCAUGAUGGCCAUCGUGACACCCCAUCGAGGCCUCAGUUGGACACUCUCAUUUCUCACCUGCUUGCCGCAAAGCGGUCGCUCUCCUGCAUAAACCAUGUCUGGCGCGCCAACGAAAUCGUCACGUCAUCUCGUUCGGCUCUCGAGGAAAGUGUUGUCCUUUCUGCGCGGACAGGCUUUCUGCGUCGAGGUCUCAACCACCAGUUACGACUGCUCUACAGCGUCCGGUCAGAAGUGGAGGAGAUCUCUUAUCGUGGACGGGAGGACUUCACGACCUCCCUCAAAAGUCUGGAUACUGCCGAUACGCGCCUAAAGAAGACGUUGGACCUCCUCCGCGAGACCAUGGUCGAUUCUUCUUUCCGACCCCAAGACGAAGACCCAAAGAGUCUGCACGACUUCGUGGACGAGAGGGGCGUGGAAGAGCUCCAUACAGCAAUGAAGGAGUCGAUUGAUCGAACAAACACUGCCCGCACGGAGCUGGAUACUUCCAACCGCGAAUUUGAUGAUGAGCUGGACUCGAUCAAGAAAGCGCUCCACCACUAUCGGACAGCCACCAAACUGGCUUCCUCUCGCGCCUCGGCGUCCUCAUCCGCAUCUGCAUCGUCAUCUGCUUCCGACUCUGGUCUCCUAACUCUGUCAUCCAUGCCCGGGAUGCUACAAGCCCUGGAGAUGCAUGCGCAGGAAAUGGCCAGUCUCCUUGAAUCACUGGUACGGCACUUUGAUCUUUGUGUCACGGCUGUGAAACACACCGAGGGCGGCGGCGCUGCUGCCCAGUCCAUUACCGGUGAUAUCCCUGCCGGCGCGGGUGCCAUGCCCAACAUCGAAGAAGAGAUCCAUGCCAAUUUGAAUGCGCCUCUUGAUCCGUUGACCGGCUCGGAAUAUCAAGAGAUGGUUAGCGUCUUGAUAAAGGACGCAGUCGAGGCGGAAGAUGUGGUCGUGGAGAUCCAGGAUCGGAUUAGCGAGAUGGAAUCCACCUUUGAGCAAAUGCUCUCCCAGCGAGAUGCGCUUCAGUCGGUCUCUAAGGCCACUGCCGAGGUGUAUCGCCACCUGUCCACGCUUGCGUCUACUCGACUCCCGCGCUAUAUUUCUCAGGCACACAACUUCACCCGUGUCUGGCACGAAGAGCAUGACCGAAUAAACAACGGUCUUGCCGAGCUCUCCGACCUGCAUUCACUGUACGAUGGUUUUCUGAAUGCAUACGACAGUCUCAUUCUCGAAGUGGCGCGGCGAAGACAUAUCCGCCACCGGGUAGAGAAGGUCCUUCGCGAAACCAGCCACAAGCUUGACCAGCUAUACGAAGAGGAUGUUACCGCUCGCGAGGCAUUCCGCGUGGACCAAGGUGAUUUCCUCCCCUCUGACAUCUGGCCCGGAGUUGGUCGAGCACCCAUGCAGGUUCAAUUUCUGCGCCUUUCAGGCGGCCACCUCGAAAGUACUCAGGCAGAGGGACAAGAACCGGGAGAGCCGGAUACAGGCGACUAUGAAACUGAUCUCAAAAAGGCCGCCCAAGAGGGAGAAGGCGAAUUGAUCCCUGAUCUGUCAAAACAAGUCGUCGAGCAGGCCUAUGUACGACUCAAGGCACGAACCAGAGGCGUUGCAUAA